AUGGCCCAAGCCGACAUGUCUGCCUUCGAGCGGGCUACUGAGGCUGUGUUGUUCUUGAAAAAUAGUCUACCGGCGGGGUUGCAAGCCCCGAAGGUCGCCAUUGUAUGUGGCUCUGGAUUGGGAGGCCUAGCAGACACCGUCCAAGGGGAACUCCGAGCGGAAUAUGACUAUGCCACGAUCCCCAACUUUCCUCGGUCGACAGUUGCGGGGCAUGCUGGGAAGCUGGUGUUCGGAUUGCUGGGGCAGCAGAUCCCGGCGGUGUUGAUGGUUGGCCGAGCACACUACUACGAGGGCCAUUCAAUGGAGCUGGUGACAUUCCCUAUCCGCGUCUUCAAGCGGUUAGGCGUCGAAACUGUUGUCUUAACGAAUGCGGCCGGUGGCCUGAAUUCAGAUUAUUGUGUGGGAGACAUUGUUCUGUUGAAUGAUCAUCUCUUUCUGGCAGGUCUCGCGGGGGUUCAUCCCUUACGAGGUCCGAACGUGGAGGAAUUUGGAGUCCGGUUUCCACCCCUGUCAGAUGCAUACGACCUUGAGCUUCGUCGCCACGUCCAUCGUGUGUGGAAGCAAGUCAUCCCUUCCAAAAGCACCCGGAAGCUCCACGAGGGUGUCUACGCCUUCGUCGGAGGCCCCACCUAUGAAACAAGGGCGGAGAGUCGAAUGCUUCGAAUGCUCGGUGCCGAUGUGGUGGGAAUGUCGACGGUGCCAGAGAUCGUCGUGGCUCGGCACUGUGGCCUUCGAGUACUGGCUUUCAGCCUCGUAACGAACAAUGCUGUGUUGGCACCUGUGCCCCGUGGGGAUGAACACUUGCUCCAGGAGAAAGACGCAGGCGAGCUCAGUGCAAUCCUCGAGGAAGGAAAGGCUGGACAUGAGGAGGUCCUGGAGGCAGGCCGGUCUGCGGCAUUGGACAUGCAGAAGCUGGUGUUGCAAACUCUUGUUGGAGUUUUCAGUCAUACCUAA